CCGGUCUCCGUCCAUGUACACUCAUGUAGCAGCAGACUAUACUAUAGCGGUCUCUUUCUCUCUUUCUUCCUCCGGCUCCCUCCUCCUCCCAUUCUAUCCGACUCCGAGCAUACCAGGAUUCCAUUUAUCCGUCCAUCUCUCUCCUCAAACCCUACAAAGUACAGCACCAUCCACUUCCGGCCGCCAGCUUCGUCCCUUCUCCCCCCUGGCCUUCUCCUAGCUAGGGUCAUCUAAAUACUCAUCUGCUCCUGCUUCCUCUCUCUCUCUCCCUCCCUGCUGAAAUCACAGAUGAACCAUAUCAAAAGGCCAUAAGAUAGUGUGUGUGAUCUCCCACACGCACACACAAACGCAAGCUCGCUACCGGCCUUCCAUCCAUCAACCAUCUUCUCUCUCAUCAUAUAUUCAUAUCAUAUGAGCAAGGAUUCUUUCCACCCUACAAUCUUCUUUCCCUGAUAGCUAGCCAGCUCUCUCUCUUGGACUCUCUCUACAACCACACCUAACCUUCUCGGUCGGAGCUAGAGACCCACACCAGCAAGAGAGAAAGAGAAGAGGCAGGAGACAUCAAGCCGUUCCACUCUCUUCCAAACAACUAGACCACUCCAUUUACCCCGCAAGGAAACAUACCAGCCAGGAGAGAUACUUGUAUCACUAGCUGUGUAUAUACACCAUGGCUUAAUUGACCAUGGACGUCGCCGGCGACGGCGGAGGCGGCCGCCGCCCCAACUUCCCUCUGCAGCUCCUGGAGAAGAAAGAGGAGCAGCCGUGCUCCAUCUCCGCUGCGGUGGGCGCGUCAGCGGGAGGCAACGGGAAUGGAUCGGGGGCCGUCGGAGGUGAGAUGCAGCAGGUGCGGAAGGCGGCACCCAAGCGGAGCUCCACCAAGGACCGGCACACCAAGGUGGAGGGCAGGGGGCGUCGCAUCCGGAUGCCAGCGCUGUGCGCGGCCCGGGUGUUCCAGCUGACGCGGGAGCUCGGGCACAAGACGGACGGCGAGACCAUCGAGUGGCUGCUGCAGCAGGCCGAGCCGGCGGUGAUCGCGGCCACCGGCACCGGCACCAUCCCGGCCAACUUCACCUCCCUCAACAUCUCCCUCCGCUCCUCGGGCUCCUCCUUCUCCGCCCCGGCCCACCUACGCGCCGCCUUGCCUGCUAGCCCCGCCACCGCAGCCCGGUUCGGCCGUGCUGACGCGUGGGACCGGGUUGUCGGCCUUGCCUUCCCUUCGGAGGGCCCGGCCUCGUCAUCUUCGUCGCCGUCGCCUUUGUUGCUUAAUUUCAACUCCGGCAGCGUCGGUCUUGACGCGCAACAGUCGCCGUCUGCCGCGGCUGCAGCCGCAGCCGCCGAUAUGACAAGGAAGAGGCGGUGGGAACAAGAAAUGCAGCAGCAGCAGCAGCAGCAAGCGCAGCAAUAUCAGCAGCAGAUGGCGGGGUACACGCAGAGCCAAAUGCCGGGCACCGUGUGGAUGGUGCCGAGCAGCAACAACACGCAGGGUGGUGGUACACCUUCCAGCGGCGGCAGUGGCGGAUGCACCGGCGAGUCUAUCUGGACGUUCCCGCAGAUGGGCAGCGCCACCGCCGCGGCUGCCGUGUACCGGGGGAGCGUGCCGAGCGGGCUACAUUUCAUGAACUUCCCCGCACCGGUGGCGCUGCUUCCAGGGCAGCAGCUUGGGCUCGGCUCCGUGGGAGGCGGCGGCGGCGGCAGCGGAGGCGGCAGCGGAGGCGAGGGGCACAUGGGGAUCCUCGCCGCCCUCAAUGCGUACCGGACACAGGUGGUAACGGAUCCCGCGGCCAGUCAGGGCGGGGGAGGUGGAGGCGGCGGGUCUGGCCAGCAGCAGCAGCACGGUGGCGGGCGCGGCGACCGGCACGAGAGCAUGAGCACCAGCGACUCGUAGCCGCCGACGGGGGAGUCGUCACCGAGGAUACCAUGCAUCGCUCUGGUGUGGCUUUUGAUCUGUUCUUUGUCUUGGUUUCAUUUUUUUUUCUUGCUUUCCUUUUUGUGGUUUCCUUCCUCUCUCAUCCAAGCUAGACGAGACGAUACACCCCUGCGAGAGGAUUACACUUAGCUGCACUACUCCAUGGUAUGCGGUAGGAUCAGAAUCCUUACGUGAGCUGUACGAUUGUUCAUGGGAAGAAGAGAGGAGGGAAACACAGCAGCAGCAGAGAGAGAUUGUUCAUUUUGUUCUUUAGUUUUAGGGUUUGCAUUGAUCAAGUGCGAGCAGAAGAGAUUUUUAUCAAGCAUGAUGGCAUCAUUCAACUGCCGUGACUAGGGUUCGAAUUUUUUUU